AACGAACGAAAAUAAACACCUGUCUAAUGUCAAAUGUCAGUGUCAGGUGCAGAGGUUUGUGGUCGUGGUCAGCUGACUUUUCGAUUCAUUUGAAGUCUACAUAUUUUAAAAUCCACCUUUUUCGAUCCUAAAAAAUGUCUGCAAAGGACAAAUUACUGAUUUUCCCAUCUAGAGGAGCCCAAAUGUUAAUGAAAAGUAGGCUAAAGGGAGCACAAAAGGGACACAGUUUAUUGAAAAAGAAAGCUGAUGCUUUGCAAAUGCGUUUCAGAAUGAUUUUGAAUAAAAUCAUUGAGACCAAGACUCUUAUGGGAGAGGUAAUGAAAGAAGCUGCGUUUUCAUUAGCUGAAGCUAAAUUUGCAACUGGAGAAUUUAACCAAGUUGUUCUUCAAAACGUAACCAAGGCUCAAAUCAAGAUACGAACCAAAAAGGACAAUGUAGCUGGUGUUACUCUUCCUGUUUUUGAGUGCUACCAAGAUGGUACAGAUACAUAUGAAUUGGCUGGUCUGGCUAGAGGUGGCCAACAACUUACAAAAUUGAAAAAGAAUUAUCAGAGUGCAGUAAAACUUUUGGUAGAAUUGGCCUCUUUGCAAACAUCUUUUGUUACUUUGGAUGAUGUCAUCAAAAUCACCAACAGAAGAGUUAAUGCUAUUGAACAUGUAAUUAUUCCAAGAAUCGAACGUACGUUGGCCUACAUCAUUUCUGAACUGGAUGAACUGGAAAGAGAGGAAUUCUACAGAUUAAAAAAGAUUCAAGACAAGAAGAAGAUCCACAGAGCUAAAGUAGAAAAGGAGAAGCAAGCCCGUAUAGCAGCUGGUAUUGUCAGGGAAUCAGAAGCUGGCAAUUUACUAGAUGAAGGAGAUGAGGAUAUUCUUUUCUAAAAAAACACUACUCUCAUAGGUUAACAAAAGAUAUGGAUAUGUACAUAUAAAUAAAAUUAUUUCGCAAACAAUUUGUAAUAGAAUAUUAUUGAAAAUGAGUCAAACUAGAGUUGGUUCUAAAGACGUUGGGAAAUAAAUAUUAUUUUAUAUAGAUUACACAUUUCUGAUUUUUUUUUCUAUCCAUAUAAAUAUAGGCAAUGAGCCAACAUUGUGUACAGCUUUAUUAUAAACAUAUAUUCCAGGUUAGUAUUAAGGAAGUAUUAUAUGGAAUCAUACUUGUUAAAAAUUGUCUACAGAGUUGCUUUAGUUAAAAGAAAAAAAAAUACUUGUUUUGG